AGCCACCUCCUGCCUGUGCACAGCCAGCAGCCAGCCAUGGGGACAGCGGGGACAGCGAGGCUGCUGGACACAGGGCGGCUGGGCAGGGAUGGACACCAGGAGCCACCAGGAACCACCAGGGGACAGGGGGGCACCCAAGGGUCCAACAUUCGUGGAGCAGCCAGCAGAGAACCAAACACAGAAAGAAACAGCGAUUCAAUAAAUUUCCAGCUGGAUUGGGAAGGUCUGGCAGUGCCUGGGAGGCUGUGGAAAGCUGAUGUGGCUGGAGCAUCCUCAUCCUCUGGGCAGCAGUGGGAGCGCGGAUCUGCCCCCGCAGGUCCUCCCGUCCCUCCCUGGAUGUGCCGAUGGAGCUGCUGCCCCUCUCUGCUGUUCCAGCUCCGCCAGGUUCCCCCGGAGAGAGAAACCAGGAUGCUCCACAAGCAAAGGAUCCCUGCCCAGCACACCUGAUGGAGCACCGGGGGUGAGCCAGAGCGAUUCCUCCUGCUGCCCUCAGCUGGAGUUUUGGUUCCGUGGGCAGAGCUGCAGAAAGUGCUGCUCACCUGCGCCGUGGCUUGUGUGUCCCCUCGGCUGCUUGUGGCAGGGAUCCCUGCUGAAGGACGAGCCAUGCAGUAGGAAGGAGCCAGCACGUCCCAGGGAACAGCUGCUGCGGGAGGAACGGGACAUGAGGAGCCUCAGCUGCCUCCUCUGGGGACUCCUCCUCAUCCUCAGCGCCGCCGGCACGGAGGGCUUUGCCCCAGCAGGGCGCAGGGUGUGCUCAGCCACGGCGACACCGAGCGCCCACACCGAGUCCCACGUGCAGCCCGUGUACCAGCCCUACCUCACCACCUGCCCGGGCCAGAGGCUCUGCAGCACCUACAGGACCAUCUACAGGGUUGCCUACAGGCAGAGGUUCAGGCAGCUGCCCCAGCCCAUGGCCUCGUGCUGUCCUGGAUGGAGCAGAGCAAACGGGCACACGCUGGGCUGUAACAGAGCUGUGUGCUGGGAGCCGUGCCAGAACGGAGGGAGCUGUGCCUUCCCUGGGAGAUGCUCCUGCCCCCCUGGCUGGACGGGGAGAGCCUGCCAGACAGACGUGGAUGAAUGUGCCAGCCAGAGCCACGGGUGCAGCCAGCUCUGCAUCAACACAGCCGGGAGCUUCCAGUGCGCCUGCCAGGACGGCUUCAGCCUGGCUGCCGAUGCCAAGGGCUGCCAGCCCCUGGUGCCAGCCCCUGGGACAGACACCUCCAGCCAAGCAGGUGCCUCCAGUGAAAUGAAGGAGGAAAUGAAGGACCUGAGGAGCAGAGUGGAAGCGCUGGAGCAGAAGCUCCAGCUGGUGCUGGCCCCCUUCCACAACCUGAUGCCGCCUGAGGAUGUGGGUGCAGACCCCAUCAGCCGCCUGUCGCACUCCCUGCAGCAGCUGGACAGGAUUGACUCCCUGAGCGAGCAGAUCUCCUUCCUGGAGGAGAGGCUGGAGACCUGUUCCUGCAAGAACGAACUCUAGCAGAGUGCCUGGGGACCUGGAGCAAGCUGAGUGCACCCACAGCUCUUCUCUCCCUCUCCAGCCCCAGGCUGGGGAUGAAGCCUCAGCAUCACAGGAAGGCACAGGGUGGCAGGAGAAAGCAGGAGAAGGCUGAGCUCCAUCUUCAUCAUUCUCUCUUCCAGCUCACCUCAGCAGAGGCCACACAGCUCCUUCCAAACUGGACUCUGAGCCCUCUCCCUGCUGGAGAGGCAGCAAAUAAAUGCCUUACCUCGUGCCAUGA